AUGGUGAUUUCUAGGAGAGACAGCUUGUGGUCCAUUAGCUCUGGCGGCUUAGCGUCGCUGAGGCCGGGCAAGGAGAGCAAUUGUUUGGCGAGCUCAGACUCCAAUAGUCCAAAAGUCUUCAGGUUUCGGACGCAGAUCGUCAACAAGUAUGAAGUGAAAAACAGCACUGGCCAGCAGAUAUACUCUGCCGUUGCAAAGAGUAACUUAUGCUACCGAAUCAUCUGUGGGAAUCAGCGUCCAUUCAAAGUUUGCGUUCAGGACAAUAUGGGCAUUGACGCUGUGUACUUCAAGCGGCCUUUCCGAUGUUCCUGGUUCUGCUCUCCAUGUUGCCUAGAGAAGUUAGAAGUUCAAGCUCCAACUGGUGAACCAAUAGGAUAUGUUAUCCAAAAAUGGCAUGCAUGUUUGCCAAAGUUUAUUAUUCAAAAUAAAAACAGAGAAACUGUUCUAAGGAUCCGUGGUCCAUUUUCGUUUUAUGGCUGCUGUAAUGCUUACAAAUUUAAGAUAAAAACUCCUCAUUCAAAUGAAGAAAUAGGAAGAAUCACAAGGAUCUGGGGUAGACUCGCGACUGAAGUUUCCACAGAGGAUGACAAAUUUGAGAUCAGCUUUCCAAUGAAUUUGGACGUUAAUAUUAAAGCAGUUUUGAUGGGGGCCUGUAUUUUAAUGGAUUAUAUGUAUUUUGAGCAACAGACAUUUUGA